AAAGCCCAAAGUUUCAAACCUCUCUCUCUCUCUCUCUCUCCAUGUUCAGCAUCUGGAAACUAUCUUUGUACAUUUGAAAUCGAUUCACAUCCAGCAGGGUUGGCUUCUACUUGCCAACUCAAGGUCUCGAACGCAGAUCUAUCUGUUUGCCGAUCAUUCCUCCUCGGCUUCCAAGGGCUCUAUCAAUUGCUUUGCUUUUUAGGGUUUUCUACUUUCGAUCUUCAAAUUUACCCACUCAGAGAUGGGUGUUGAAAACUACCAUGUGAUUGAGCUUGUAGGUGAAGGCUCUUUUGGGAAGGUAUACAAGGGAAGGAGGAAGUACACUGGCCAGACAGUUGCAAUGAAAUUUAUCCUUAAACAUGGUAAAAGCGAGAAGGACAUUCAUAAUUUGAGACAGGAAAUUGAGAUUCUGAGAAAGUUGAAGCACGAAAAUAUAAUUGAAAUGCUGGACUCUUUUGAAAGCCCACAAGAGUUCUGUGUUGUCACUGAAUUUGCUCAAGGUGAAUUGUUUGAAAUUCUUGAGGAUGAUAAGUGCCUGCCGGAAGCACAAGUUCAAGCUAUAGCAAAGCAGUUGGUGAAGGCAUUGCAUUAUUUACACUCCAAUCGAAUAAUACACCGUGACAUGAAGCCACAAAAUAUUCUCAUUGGUGCUGGUUCUGUUGUAAAGCUAUGUGAUUUUGGUUUUGCACGUGCUAUGUCAACUAAUACUGUUGUUCUCAGAUCCAUAAAAGGAACUCCUUUAUACAUGGCUCCAGAGUUGGUGCGAGAACAACCUUAUAACCACACUGUUGAUUUAUGGUCUCUUGGAGUCAUUUUGUAUGAACUAUUUGUUGGCCAACCACCAUUUUAUACAAAUUCAGUUUAUGCUCUCAUCCGGCACAUCAUUAAGGAUCCGGUGAAAUAUCCUGAGAACAUGAGUCUUAAUUUCAAAACCUUCCUGAAAGGCUUACUUAAUAAGGAGCCACAAAACAGACUGACUUGGCCUUCUCUUCUUGAACAUCCUUUUGUUAAAGAAACUCCAGAAGAUCUGGAGGCCAGGGUAAAAGAAAUUAAUACUACCACUGCUGUUGCUAGGGGACGCCAUGCAGCUUGGAGAGCUGAAGGAAACAAUUAUGUGCCAGCUGGAUUGGCUGGUGCAAGUCCUGAAAGUAUGGAGCAAUCUCCUGUUGCUAACAGAAAGAAUGGCAUUCACAACCUUCGGAGUGAUCCCCAAUCAAAUAGUCCUAACUCUGUGAAGGAGAAUUCCUCACCAAGGGAGGAGUUCCCUGGAUUUGUGGUUCCUGCAGAUGUUGAGCAGUCAGGUAACCAGGCCUUGGACCGGCUGGAAAACAACUCUCGUACAGUCAAGGGGGCAAAACUAAUUGGUCAAGACAAUAAAGCAUUAUCUGUUAUUUUGCUACCUUUAAAGAACUGGCGCAAAGAAACUCAAGAUUCCUGCAGGAAUCAAGAUAUACUUUGUUCAAAUCAAUCACUGCGGAUCCUUCUGAACGUAAUUGCAGCUGGUGGUAUCUGUACUUCUGGAGUUCUUGAUGAAAUAAUUCAUGAACUUCUUGGGUUCCUUUCUAACAUAUUGAACCUAAAAUCUCCUGACGUUAACGACUUAAUUGCAAAGGGCUUCUCAAUCAUAAAGAAGUUAGUCGAUAGUUCUGGAGGCCCUAUUGGCAGUUCGUAUCUUGCACAGUGGGUUGCUUCUGUACAGUUAUAUUCACAGGUUGUUGGAUGCAUUGAGGAUUCAACUGGAAGAGUUUUAUACGAGUCCACUUCUUGCAUUGCAGUGAUGUUAUCUCAAGCAGCUCAGGGUCUCAAAGCAUCUAAAGUGACUUUGGCUACUGAAGUGGUUUCUACACCUACCGCAAAUAAUAUUCUUAAACAAGUUUUGGAUCAUGCUAAAUUGUCAGGUCUACCUGACCUUUUAUGUUUGUGCUUAGCAACUUCGGGCUCCGCUCUUAUGUCAGGCUCUUCACAUUUGUUACGUGCUGCUUCUGAAGCUUGUAGGGCUAUUUGGUCACUGAUAGAUGCAUUUGAAAUUCUUUCAGUAAAAGAAAAUGCGUACUCAUUCCCACUAAAUGCUUUAAGAAGCCAUUCUUUACUCCCACUUGACAUGAGGGACUGUGACAAAAGUUUAUUGGUUGGUACAGAAUCAGCAAAGAUUGUUGAUGCAGUUACAAAAGCAUUCCUUAGAUCGAAAGCCAUACAGGUUGCUAUUUACUAUUGUCUUCGUCAUCGUCUCGAGGCCACCUUAUCUGCUGCUGUCCAGAUCAUGUUGAGGUGUUGCCUCCAGAGUGGGAUUGUUUCUAAUAUUCUCUGUGGUCUACCAAGCUCUCUACCCGUUACCACGGUUGUGAGUGGCGGUGGGGAUGGUACAAUCAUUUCAGAGAUUUUUGCUGUAUUAUCUUUUUGUUUUUCUUCUUCAAAUAAGGAUCCACAGACAGAACCUGGCAAUGCCAAGUGUAAAAUAGUUAAUCCAGCUGUCCUAGUUUUGCAUUGUUGUCUUCUGCUUGCUAGUGUUGCCCAGUGUUUGAAAACCUCCGGAAGGAAUUCCCCACUUUUUAUGCUUACAACAUCUUCAAAAAAGCAGCUUUCUCGGCUUUCAGUUCUUGCCCAUCAUUUUUCUUCUGAUGAUCGGAUGAAGACUUCUUUUCAGCUUCAUUGUGGGUCUGCCAUGCUGGCUCUUGCAUCUAUUCUGUCCCUAGAGAACAGAGUUCCCUGUGAAUCCACCAUAGCAGAGAUUGCUCUGCCUUUGAUCCCUCGAACUGCCACACUUUGCGACUGUCUCAAGAUUAUGUCUGUGUGUGAAAAUGGAGGUGAGCCUUAUGUACAGAAUUACAUGCUUUCUUACUGGCAUGGGCUUAGAGAUGGAUGUGUUGGCUUGUUGGAGUCUAGACUUAAGUGGGGAGGACCAUUAGCUGUUCAACAGUUGUGUGCUAGCGGUAUCCCUCAGCUUUUGAUUGAUUUGUUGGCUAAGAAUCAUACGGAUGCUCUGUCUGGAGGAAAUGAAUGUAGAAAUGAUCAGAUAGGGUUGUCACCUGUUGGGGUUGUGUGGACAAUUUCCUCAAUAUGCCAAUGUCUUUCUGGUGGAGUUUCAACUUUUCGUCACAUUUUAAUCAGGAGUGAACACAUCAAAUUCAUCACUGAAUUGAUAUCUGAUGCGCAUCUUAAUCUUGUUAGAUGCUGGAGUGGACCUGGUGGAGGGAAGGAUGGGAUCAGAGAUAUAAUUAAUGCAGCCAUUGAUCUGCUAGCAUUUCCUUUUGUUGCAGUACAGGCUGCACCAGGCUUGCCAUCUGCCAAUGCUUCAGUGAGUAGUGGGUUCCUCCUUAACAUGGGUUCACCUGGUGGGAAAUUAUGCAUGGAUGACAAAGACAUGAUAAAGGCAAUUGAGACGCACAUGGCAAAGUACAUACAGAUCCUUCUUGAGGUAGGAGUCCCUGCCGUUAUUCUUCGAUGUUUGGACCACUUGGAAGUUAAAGAUGUUGGGAGGCCCGUUGCAUUUCUUGCUAAAAUGGCCGGGCAUCGGCCCCUUGCAGUUCAGCUAUUGGGCAAAGGUUUGUUGGAUCGAGGUAGAGUGAGAAAGUUGCUUGGUGGUUCAUGCCCAAAAGAGGUCACGAUGGAUGUUCUAAUGAUAACCUCAGAUCUAGCUCGUAUGGAUAAGGUUUUCUAUGAAUACAUCAACGGAGCUGAUAUGUUGGAGUUCUUGAAGGCCUUUCUUACCCAUGAAGAUCCCAAUGUACGUGCAAAGGCAUGCAGUGCUAUAGGCAACAUGUGCCGGCAUAGUUCAUAUUUCUACAGUUCAUUGGCAAAGCAUCAAAUCAUCAGUCUCCUUAUUGAUCGAUGUGCUGAUUCAGACAAACGUACCCGGAAAUUUGCUUGUUUUGCUAUUGGCAAUGCUGCCUAUCACAAUGAUCUGUUGUACGAAGAGCUCAGGAGAUCAAUUCCUCAGCUUGCAAAUUUGCUGCUGUCUGUUGAGGAGGACAAAACUAAAGCAAAUGCAGCAGGUGCUCUAAGUAAUCUGGUUCGCAAUUCCAACAAGCUUUGUGAAGAUAUUGUUUCAAAAGGAGCCAUGCAGGCUUUACUGAAGUUGGUAGGAGAUUAUUCUGUGGUGGCUUUGAACCCUGGCAAGAAGGAUGCCAUAAAUGAAUCACCUUUAAAGAUAGCUCUUUUUUCCUUGGCCAAGAUGUGUGCACAUCCACCUUGCAGAGAAUUUCUCCGAUCCUCAGACCUUUUCGCAGUGAUUGGAAGGCUUCGACAAUCCCCCGAUUCAGCGAUUGCUAAUUACGCUUCUGUCAUAGUGAGCAAAACUUCUGAAUAGCCGAUGACAAGAUGGGCCUGUUCCUUCCUCAAAUCCCGUUCAGUAUCAGUACUCUUUGGUUUACUUCGUCCAAAGGUGGAGCUGAAUGCAACUAAAAUGCUUUUUGUAUAUAGAUUUAGUAGUUUGAAGAACAGAAUUUAUGACUGCUUGCAACUUCUUUUGUACCAAAACAGAAGACUGGAUGUUCUACCAUUAUAUGUAAUCAAAGUUGGCAUCCCAAAUCCAAAGUGUAAUAGUUGUGAAGAAGAUUGCAUUCCAUUCCAAUUUAUUCAAAUUGUUUAUCAUGGAAGGAUACAUAUA